AUCUGGUAUCUCUGGAGUCCCGUGGGGAAAAGUACCGGCUUCCGCAUUGGUGACGGCUAGAGCAGGCGGUGGGUCGGCGGACUGGCUGUUUGGUCUCGCCGCAGCUAGGGGCCCGUUUCCAUCGCAGCAACACGGCCCCCUCCUCCAGCCCAGACCCCGGCGAGGCUUCCCGGGGGGCUCCUUCAGGCUCUUUGACGCCGCUCCAAGGGGCAUCUACCUGGGCAUCGCCUGGGCUUCCCGCCGGGAGACUGACUCCCGGCUUCAGCACUCAGGGCCACAGUAAGAGGUGCCCUUAUCAAUCCGCGCCCUGCCCCCCUCCCUGAGCCAUCGAGAACCUGGUCCAGAGCGACAGCCUUGGACCUGGGACUAGACGGAUCCAAGACGCUAAGCCCUGGCCUCCUGCAGACGGGGCUCUGCAUCGUCUCUGAUAUGUCACCCACCAUCUCCCACAAGGACAGCAGUCGGCAACGACGGCCAGGGACUUUUAACCACUCUCUAGAUAUGAAGAGCGGUCCUCUGCCGCCGGGCGCCUGGGAUGAUAAUUAUCCGGAGUUCGUUGGCGGGGAAGGGGACCAAGAAGCUCUUCUGCGGGAUAUCGGCGCUAGUGACUUCUCAAAACCCCCACGGAGCUGCCGGGCGGAAUUAAGCAGCAUUUUGCUGUUGCUCUUUCUUUACGUGCUUCAGGGCAUUCCACUGGGCCUGGCGGGAAGCAUCCCACUCAUUUUACAGAGCAAAAAUGUUAGCUAUACAGAUCAAGCUUUCUUCAGUUUUGUCUUUUGGCCCUUCAGUCUCAAAUUGCUCUGGGCCCCGUUGGUUGAUGCGGUUUACUUUAGGAACUUUGGUCGUCGCAAAUCUUGGCUUGUCCCUACACAGUAUAUACUGGGACUCUUCAUGAUAUAUCUCUCCACUCAAGUGGACCAUUUGCUCGGAAAUACAGAUGGCAAAACCCCCGAUGUGGUUGCUCUCACUGUGACAUUCUUUUUGUUUGAAUUCCUGGCAGCUACUCAGGACAUCGCUGUGGAUGGUUGGGCGUUAACUAUGUUAUCCCGGGAAAACGUGGGUUAUGCUUCUACUUGCAAUUCAGUGGGCCAAACAGCCGGUUACUUUUUGGGCAAUGUUUUGUUUUUGGCCCUUGAAUCUGCCGACUUUUGUAACAAAUAUUUGCGGUUUCAACCUCAACCCAGGGGAAUCGUUACUCUUUCAGAUUGGUUUUUCAGCAGCAGAUGCAGUAACAGGACUGAAAUUGGUAGAAGAGGGAGUACCCAAAGAACAUUUAGCCUUAUUGGCAGUUCCAAUGGUUCCUUUGCAAAUAAUAUUGCCUCUGAUUAUCAGCAAAUAUACUGCAGGUCCCCAGCCACUAAACAUAUUUUACAAAGCCAUGCCCUACAGGUUACAUUGUAUAGCAUGUAUGUUUCCAUAAUGGCUUUCAAUGCGAAGGUUAGUGAUCCACUUAUUGGCGGAACAUAUAUGACCCUUUUAAAUACUGUGUCCAACCUGGGAGGAAACUGGCCUUCUACGGUAGCUCUUUGGCUGGUAGAUCCCCUCACAGUGAAAGAGUGUGUAGGAGCAUCAAACCAGAAUUGCCAAACACAUGAUGCUGUUGAGCUUUGCAAAAAACUCGGUGGCUCAUGUGUUACAGCACUGGAUGGUUAUUAUGUGGAGUCCAUUAUUUGUGUUUUUAUUGGAUUUGGUUGGUGGUUCUUUCUUGGUCCAAAACUUAAAAAGUUACAGGAUGAAGGACCAUCUUCAUGGAAGUGCAAAAGAAGCAAGUAAUGCAUUCACUACUGGACAUUCUAGAAAGGUAACUCUAGUUUAGUUUUAACUCAGAGAGUUAUGGUAAUCAGUGUACAGGAGUAUAAAAUAUUAUUUUAAACAGGAAAUUAUUAAUAUAAAAUGCCAAAUGGUUAAAAAUAUAGAGACCUCUCUGUAUAUUUAAAUAUACUUUUCCUUGCCUUGUCAAUGUAUUUAAAGUUUACUUAAGGUCAGGAAAUUGGUACUAAAACAACUUUUCUGAUCUUGUUAUUUGAUUUAUGUCUUUUUUAUUUACUGACCAAAGCGUGUUUUAAGCUGCAAUGCAGUAGUCAUGGGUGGUAACCAUGCAGUCAAGUAUUGUUACCAGUACCUAUCAUUGAGCUAUAUUAAAAAGUUAGGUAAAAUAUAUUAAAUGGAACAGAGCUUGAUAUUCAGGUACUAACUACAACUAGUUUGGCCUUGUUGGCAGUUAAAUCUUAUCUUGAAUUGUAAAUUGGUUAAAUUUUAUGUGGAAUUUGUUGAGAAGAGGAUAUAAACUACUGAAAUACCAUUUUAGUUUUAAUUUUUCUGACCAUAACCACAUUGUGCUAAUGUAUCUGUGUUAAAAAGACCAUUUUAAAUGUAUUUCCUGCUUUUGUAAGCAUUAAAGAUUUAUAGGAAGAUUAUUCAAACUAUUUUUUAUAAAAUGAAAGCUAUGACUUUUAUUGGUUCCCCUCCCCCUUCCCCCUUUUGGAAGAUAUUUUGAUUCCUUGUUAAUUUUACCCUAAAGCUUACAUAUGGUUUUUUGUCCUAAGUGCUUCAUGUCACAUGGACAGCUCACAAGUGGUUCAAAUUUAAUGUUGUAUGUAUGUUCACGGCAAAGUUUUGAAAAUAAAAAUUAAACAUUUUUCUUCAAGUA